CACUUCUCAAAAAAUAAGCUCCAGCCCUUCUAGUCCACGGCGAGAAUACUACUUCACACGUUAACCAAAUGCAGAGUAGCGCUGGUUACGCUCCGUCCAGCAGUAGCAGUAGCGCAGAUUCCGAAUAUGAUACCAUUAUCGCGGGUCGCUUUCGUCGCGUGUGUGUCCUCGGGAAGGGCUCUCAAGCCACGGUGUGGGAGUGCGAGGACCUCCACAACCCCUCCGGCCCUCACGUCGCGUGCAAGUCCUUCUCCCGCCUCAAAUCCUCCGCCAAUCGCUCCAUAAUCACCGAGGUCCUGGCGCUGAAGAAGCUAAGAGGCCACUCGAACGUUAUCCAGUUCCUAGAUUUAAUCGUCGAGGCUAACGAGUGCCACGUCAUCGUAGAGCUCGCGCCAGACGGCGACCUGGUUUCGGAGAUUAUGGAGCGCGGCCCGUUAGUGGACGAGGCGCAGGCUGCGAACCUGGCGCGGCAGCUCGCGUCCGCCGUAGCAUUUUGCCACGCGAGCGGCAUUGUGCACCGCGAUAUUAAGCCCGACAACGUGCUGGUCGUCAUGCACCCAGCGCACCCUGUGUACGAUCAUCGCCAUCACCAUCAGCACCUAGAGUCCUCCCCCCCCUCCUCUGACGACGCAUCGGCUGACCUGCCCGUGCUCGUCGAUUGCCCCGCCUCUCCCAAAUCUCCCCUCAACGACGCCGGCCCUCUCUCCUCCUCUUCCUCGUCCUCCACCUUCUCCCCGUCGACCAUUCCCCGCUCAUCCUCCCCCUCCUCUCCGUCCGCCACCACCGCCGGUUGCUGCCACGGCGCCUCGAGGUCGCCGUGUGCCUUGGCGUCGUUCCGCCUGCUGGACUGGCUCGCAUCCCCCGUGCUGGAAAACUGCCCCGCCUCCAUGGCGCCCGGUUCCGUCUCCCCAUCCCCCUCGCACCACACUCACUGUGGUGGCCACUGCAGCGCUGCCACGAAUACUACCAAGAGCGCCUCUGAAAACGCUCCACGAACUGAACGUGCGGCGGUCGCGGCGUCCCAGGGCUCCGUCUGUCCGUCCGACGGAGAGUCUCCGCCGCCAGUCCCGACAACGAGCGCGCGGCGACGCGACAUGAUCGUGGGAGUGAAGCUGACUGACUUCGGGGGCUCUGCGGCGAUCAAGGGCGGUCUGGGCGGCGUGGUUCGCGGGCGGGGCGCGGGGACGCGCGGGUACAUGGCGCCCGAGGUGAUAACGGGGGAGGCGUACGGAUGCAAGGCUGACGUGUUCAGCCUCGGAAUCACGCUGUCCACCAUGCUGACGGGGCACAUCCCCGCCACGCCCGUGGAUUUCUCCAAGCCCAUCUGGGAUAAUGUGCCAGACGGUGCCAAGGAUCUGAUCCGUCAGAUGCUUUACAUGGAUCCGAAUCAACGGCUGAGCUCGUUCCAGGUGAUGGAGCACCCGUGGCUGAAUCAGCCGGACGCGAGGCGCGCGGACGUCACUGCUAGGUACCCCAGCCUGCUGCAGCCGGCAGCAAUGAUGACGGCGAAGAUGGGCUACUCUCAGGGAAGCAGCGGCGACCUCAGUGGGAGGAGGUGCUGCAGUGCUCAGAGGAUGGCAGAACCCGGUAGACAAGCUGCUGCACCGUUGGCAGGUGAAGCGGCAGCGCCAUGAAUCAAACAGCAUGGGAUGAUACAGCCAGCUGCUAUUGGCAGCAGCCAGCUGCUAUUGGCAACUGGAGCAAGGAAAGGAGAACAUUGGAACUACCAAGCUUGAAGGAGGUCUGCUGGCUUCCUGUUUGUGUGUUGGCGGCACAGCAAGCAACGCUGUGGAGUUGUGAGCAGUUGCACUUCCACGUGCACCCGGAAGUGCAACUGAUCACAACACUAGCAGCUCGACGAGGUGAUGAAUCAUGACUCAUCCUGCGGUGGGUUGGGGGGGCUGCUGAUAAAAGGUCAAAGCACCCAUUUCGAGUUUCUUUUCUAUUAAUGUAGACACUGCAUUGCAUGCUUCUUGUCGUACGAUAAUAUUAUCAGAAUUUCUUACCCC